AUUUAGCGCGGGCCAAGCUCUGCCGAGAGACAGGGAUGGCAUGGACAUUUGACUCCAAGAUCGAUGCUCUUUCUUCGUGUUGUAUCUGUGUCCAAAUGAAAACAGUCACUCGCGGAAAGACCCCCAACUUGCAUAGCCUGCAUAGUUUCAACAAACUAGACCCGCCUCGCGUCAAGACGCUCAGUUGGAUUAUUUUAACCUGGCAUGUCGCUUUGACGAUAUGAGGGAACAGUAUGAGUUAAUUGAUUCACAAGCGAGAUACGGGAUAAUUCUCCAACACCUCCUCCGCGCGUCUUGGGCGAAGGCCACGCAUCUCAGAACUGACUGGAAUCAUCAUAGCCUUGCUGGCAAGUGUGUGUCUCCGGUUUGCGAGUGACCUGAGGCCGAGUAACAGCGAACCCCUCCUGGACUCGGAUCCAGAGAGUUUUCUGCGUGAGGACUUACCGGCAUAGCGCCAGGGAUCUCUAUCAUCGCCGCCAUGACCUUGGAAAAGAAAAUACAAAGGGCGGGAGACGGAAGGAAAUACCCUAAGGCUGGCGAAACGUGUGUUGUUCAUUACAUAGGUACUCUUCUAGAUGGGACGGAAUUCGAUAACUCAAGAAAAAACAUUCAUGCGCCUUUUGAAUUCAAAUUAGGUCAAGGUGAGGUCAUCAAAGGAUGGGACGUGGGCGUGGCACAGAUGAGUCUUGGAGAGAGGGCAAUAUUGAAAUGUUCUCCGGAUUUCGGAUACGGAGCAAAUGGUUAUCCGGGAUGUAUCCCACCCAACUCCACCCUCCUGUUCGACAUCGAGCUCAUCGCCAUCAGGGACUAGGCGAUGUCGGGGCUUCGGGCGUGGUCGACGACCACGGGAAAUAUACCUUCCCGUGGAAUCCAAGAAUAUACCUUGAUCAAACACGCCAGACCAGUAUAAAUGAAGUAUUUAUUUUACAGAUCUGAGAAAGAAAAUAUAUAUGGUUUGAGACAUUAUUUUUACGGGGGAAAUUGCAAUACUGUUUAGUAGCGCUCGGAUGAUAACAGGUCAAAGAAUUAUGGGAAUCGAUUUCGACGCAUGCGCACCACUGAAAACACACUAACCAAACACAAAGUACACAAUAACUUCUAGCGUAGUCCUGCAGUAUCUGCUUCCACCAAGAACCAUCAUUUACCAUUCUCAUAUCUACAUUUCUUUGGACUAGCUUGAAAUUCAUUUUCUUGCGCAUGACUUCACGCCUGGACGAGGGGUGAAGAUAGAAGGGUGGUCACAUGCCAGCUUUGAUAACAAGUAAGGAUAAUAAAAACAAUGUAAUGAUAAUAAAAACAAUCAAGCAUUUUAUAUAAAACAUAUUACAUUCUCUAAUCACCUUAAGUAUAAAAUGAGAAAUGAAAGAGGCAUGUGUUCAUGAAUAAAAUCAAAAGUGAAAUAGUAAAAUAUAUAUGUGUCCAGAAAUGUCAUUAAGUUCUUACAGAAUUUAGUUAUUUCUGGCAGCUGGUAAAGAUUAUCUCCUGAGUGAUUUUUUUUUUAAUUAUGCGCAACGCAAAGUAGGGGUUUGAUUGGGACUGGAAAGAAUGCGCUUUCGAUAAAUGUGCCCUGAUCACAACAGGCUACAUCAAUUAGUUUAACUGAAGUCAAAAUUCCUCUAUCAGUAAUUUUGUAAAAGUUCAGUCAUCAUCCAUAGGUCAUCUUAUUUCACCCUGUUACAAAGAAUACUGUAGGCAAUAUGACAAAGAAGGUUUGAAAAUGAAAACAUUCAGGUUGUACAUGAAUUUGGUCUCUCACUAUGCUGCUAAACCUUUUACCAAUACCUUUCAGGCGAACCGAUUGGCGUUCCACAGGGACCUAUAUAUGGUACACUAGUGCUUUAUUUUGAAUAAACACGAAGCUAUUAACUGUAUUCCAACGUUUUUUUAUGUCGUGUUCGUAAAACAGGCUUUAUUCUUUGUCGGAGCGGCAACCAAUAAGAGAUAACGCUGGAUAUUAACACUUUAGUGUAACAUUUAAAAUAAUGCCAUAAUGGUAAUUCAUAAAGUUACGCUCAAUUGUAUAUUUGUUUGUUGUAUCUGUUAUGGUUCCAGAUGUAAUGAAAAUAAUAUGUAAGGUAAUUUAACAAAAUGUUUGCAGUGAUAUCAAAGGGUGUGUAUACCAUUAUUAAAAAUGUAUCUCGUCGUAACUUUGAUAUUGUUUAAUCUGACAUUUCGGCGAACUAUAAUUAUAUUACUCCAAAAAUUGAUGCGUAAGUUAAAAUUUUGUACUAGUAAUGGAUUUCAUUUGUGCUUAAUGCUUCGCGAUGAAAUUGUUGUUGAUAAACAAGUUGGCAUUAACACUUUUGUUAAUUCCUGUUUUGAAUGUUACGCAAUGUCUGAUUUAUUAUUUUCGACAUAAUGUUUAAUCAUCUAUAAUAAAACAUGUUACUUUGUGAUGUUCCUCGCAUGAUUAUGUCGUGAUUUAUGGCCUAUAAUUGAAAGUAAAAAAAAAACCUUCGAUUCGUUUGUGCCGGUAAAAGCGAACAUCAUGAUAACACGAAGUUUUUAAAAAUGCAAGGUUCAUGUAAUUUUAUUAUGCUUUUUCUUUCACGAAUAAGUUGUAAAAAUACUAUAGUCUUGUGUUUAAAAUUCGUUCGUUCUGAAAUAAUUAUGUACAGAAAUUGUAUGAUUUUCAUUUGUAUCUUACUAAAACUCCGUUCUCUUUCUUCUUGUAUUUUCUUUUUCCUUUUCUUCAUCUCUUCCCCUUCUCCUACCAUUUUCUAACCUCCUCUUCCUCCUUCCUCCUCUUCUUCUUUCUUUUCUUCUUCAUCUUCUUCUCCUUCCUCCUCUUUUUCUUCCUUCUUUCUUCUAUAUUCUCUUUCUCCUCCCCCCUCCCCCUCUCUCUAAUGCGUUAAAUCGUUUGCCCCUUUUCUGAUUUUCACCCACACAUUGCAUGCUCAGUACUAGUAAGAAUUACAAUCGUUAUUUGAGCUUGUACGUCACUCUGUGGUAAUAAAUUCUAUAUUUAUGUCUAAAAGAAUAAA